AUGGGUGUUACAAUUAUACAACAGUUUCCAAUGAAAGAAAAUCGCACAGGUGCUCAGAUAAUUGAAUUUCUUACAAAAAGGGUAAAUGCACUUGGUGCCAAACAAUGCGGUACAUUUCUUGUUGACUGUGAGACAUACGCAUCUAUACCUCAAUUAGGUGUCCAACGAACAUUACAUGUAUUUCAUAAUUCAGAACAGCCAGCAUCAGUGUUUGCAAUCCUUGAUAAUGGUACUGGAAAAACUGUGCCUGUUGUAGCAGACGCAUUAUUUGAUUUGCUUCUGUUGAAAAUGUCCUCUGUGUAUACCUCUAAAAAAUCCAAAGUUGAGAUUAGAGGUCCAAGAUUUGAGCUAAACGAUUUUGUUAUUAAAAUUGGAGCAAUAAAUAUUAAUCACAAUGUUAAAGGCAUUAUUGUAGAGGCGGAAUAUAGGCCUUGUGUUGUAUUUGGCUUAUGUUGGGAUAUGUUACGAGAAUUUCUGCAAGGAUUUUUAGGAUCUUGUGUAUCAAAUAUCCCACCACAUUAUUUUCAAAACCGUAUGAAUGAUAUUUUUCAACCACUGGACACCAUUCAACAGUACUUAGAUCAUAUAACCAUUUAUAGAAAAGCCACUGGAAUAUUACAACAGUAUAAUACCAAUACCACUUAA